AAAAUUGUUUUACUGUUGCAAUCAAACUAACUGAUCGACGAGUAAACUUCAAAAAAAAAACACACACACACUCUUAACCAACUGUCCCUACAAUUACACUACUACUCUCUCUCCCAUUACAAUAACAACCAACCAAAAAACCUAACUGUCCUCUACAAACCAAUCAACAACAUGUCUUUCAAAUCGCAUCACUUUCACGAGGAUGACCCGAAUCGUACAGAAUAUCAUGACUGGGAAAUGGACAAAGACGGUGAGUACCUGAGACCCGAACUGGACGAACGAUAUUUCGACUAUGUUUCGGGUCGUAGCCGAUGGCCGAACCUGCCCUACUCGGAACAUGCCAAAAUGCAAUACUACAAUACACCGUACGCGCCGUACGGUAAGGCACCCACCGGUGAGCCGCUGUUCGGACCGUUGAACUUUCAGGAUUUUUAUCCGAAAAAGUGGCCAAAUAUCGACGCCAACCGCGACUGGGCCGAUGCAGCGCCAAUGCUUGACCAGUUAUUUGACAUAAAAUUUAUCUCUCAAUUAGGCGAAGGAGGUUUCGGCGAAGUCUGGAAAAUCAGACGCAAUGAGCAAGAAAUGGCCGUAAAAGUGGUCAAAAUCCAGUCGUUUAUGGGCUUUCCGACACUCAAACAGGGAAUGGAUUUUAUGCUAAAAGAAGUGGAAAUCAUGCGCCGACUAAAACAUCCGAAUAUCGUAUCGAUUGAAUCGAUUAUUCAUGUGAGAGAUCCGGCUACCGAUUUUCCGAAUCUGUUUUCGUUCAUAUUUAUGGAACUACUCGACGGUGAUCUGUGGUCAGUAAUCACUACCAAUAUGGACGGCCGUAUGAACGAACAGCAGGCGCACGAAUGGUUCAAACAGAUUGCCGCCGCCAUCAGGUAUUUGCACGAAAACCAGAUCUGUCACAUGGAUCUGAAGCCGGAGAACAUACUGGUCGAACGUAGCGGCUAUAGGCGUACAUACAAACUGGCCGAUUUCGGUAUAUCGCAAGUAUUCCGGCCAGGCCAGCCAAUGACCAGUACCCGAAAAGAUGGUACAUUCGAGUACAAGGCACCCGAAAUACCGGCCCUCAAGAAUAUUGUCUGGUCGAUGCUCGGCUAUCCCGUUGCCAACGAACUGACCAAAUGCGAUGUCUAUUCCCUAGGGAUAACACUGGGCAAGUCGCUGAUCGGCCGAAUCGAUUUGGUACCCAAAUGGGUUAGUCUAAUGAAGAUCGAAGCCGAACAAUGGAUACUCGACUGUAUGGUCAAAUCAAGGCGUUACGAUGCGGACUCAGCGGUAGUCCGGUUGCUGUUAGGUAUGGUCAAUCCGGAUCCGAAAAAACGUUGGGGAAUGGAUCAGGUUAUGAAUUGCGAAUGGCUGGGCGAGUAUGGUAGUGAAGGUGGCGGCGGUAGUGGCAGCAGUACCAGCGAGUUUAGCGAUCUGGACGACUAGUAGUCUAGUAGUUGUAGGCCAUACCCAGUUUAUUUUAAAGGCAUACAAUCUUUCAGAUACAACCGAUCCAUAGAUACCAUCAACCAACCAACCAGUCAAAUGGUAUGUAAAUUAUUUAGUAGUC